CACCGCCUCUCCCCUCCGCAUCCUGCACCCACUAUGCCCUCCCAGCUGGCUGCGGGGUGGGACAGACAGGGUCACGUGGAUUUGGGUUCAGUGGGAGGAAGCCAGGCAGGGCGCAGACGACUGCUGAUUCCGGGGCUGGUCAGGAAAUCCAGGAGCACCCUCAUCAUGGACCCAACAUCGCCGAGCCAGACCUCCCAACCCCAGCCCGCGGUCCCCUCCUCCUCUCUGAGCUCCUACCGCUGGCAUACAGGGGGUAGUGGAGAGAAGGGGGCUGGAGGGUUCCGUUGGGGCCGCUUUGCGGGCUGGGGAAGGGCACUAAGCCAGCCGGAAUCCACAGUCAGCAGCCAGCCAGCCCCACGCUCGCUGUUCCGCCGUGUCCUUUCUGCGCCCCCAAAGGAGCCACGGAUCAACCGCCUCCGGCUAUCCAAAACCCUCUGGGGGAGGCAGAAGAGCCCACUGCUGGAGCCAGAGCCGGAGCCAGAGCCGGAGGCCCCAGCACCGGAGCCGGAACCAGAGCCCCCCGCCCCACAGAUCCCCGAAGCCCCCGCACCUGAUGUUCCCGUCUGGGACAUUGGGGGCUUCACCUUCCUCGACGGGAGGCUGGUACUGCUGGGAGGUGAUGAGGAGUGUCCUCGCCGGCCCCGGGUGGGGAGUGCCAGCUCCGAGGGUAGUAUCCAGGUAGCCAUGGGGAACUUCAGAGAUCCAGAUCGGACCCCUGGAAGGACCGAAGCGGAGGUGACCGGUCCCAACCAGGUCCACAACGUUCGGGGGCUGCUCAAGAGGCUGAAAGAGAAGAAAAAGGCCAGGACAGAGCUGGGGGCCAAUGCCUCCCGAGAUGGCCCCCCCAGUGCUCUGGGCUCCAGGGAAUCGCUGGCCACACUCUCUGAGCUGGACCUCGGCGCCGAGACGGAUGUGCGCGUCUGGCCGCUGCACCCCAGCCUGCUGGGGGAGCCUCACUGCUUCCAGGUAACAUGGGCGGGCGGGAGCCGCUGCUUCUCCUGCCGCUCGGCCGCGGAGAGAGACCGCUGGAUCGAGGACCUUCGCCGGCACUUCCAGCCAAGUCAGGACAACGCGGAGCGGGAAGAGACGUGGCUGAGCGUGUGGGUGCACGAGGCGAAGGGGCUGCCCCGAGCGGCGGCGGGGACGCCCGGCGUGCACGCCGAGCUGUGGCUGGACGGGGCGCUCCUGGCGCGCACGGCGCCGCGGGCCGGCCCGGGCCAGCUCUUCUGGGCCGAGCGCUUCCACUUCGAGGCGCUGCCGCCCGCGCGGCGCCUGUCGCUGCGGCUGCGCGGCGCGGGCGGGGGGGGCGCUGCGCUGGGCCGCGUGACGCUGGCCCUGGAGGAGCUGGACGCCCCCCGGGGCCCCGCCGCUGGCCUGGAGCGCUGGUUCCCGCUGCAGGGGGCGCCGGCGGGUGCGGCGCUGCGGGCGCGGGCCCGGGCGCGGCGCCUGCGAGUGCUGCCGUCCGAGCGCUACAAGGAGCUGGCCGAGUUCCUCACCUUCCACUACGCGCGCCUCUGCGGGGCACUGGAGCCCGCGCUGCCCGCACAGGCAAAGGAGGAGCUGGCCGCCGCCAUGGUGCGCGUGCUGCGGGCCACCGGCCGGGCGCAGGCAUUGGUAACAGACCUGGGCACCGCCGAAUUGGCACGCUGUGGGGGCCGUGAGGCACUGCUGUUCAGGGAAAACACGCUGGCCACCAAGGCCAUCGAUGAGUACAUGAAGCUGGUGGCACAGGAUUACCUCCAGGAGACCCUAGGGCAGGUCGUUCGCUGUCUCUGUGCUGGCACCGAGGACUGCGAGGUGGACCCCAGCAAGUGCCCAGCCCCGGAGCUGCCCCAGCACCAGGCCAGGCUGCGAGCUGGCUGCGAGGAGGUCUUCCAGAAUAUCAUCCAUUCCUAUGACUGGUUCCCAGCAGAGCUGGGCACCGUGUUUGCAGGCUGGCGGGAAGCAUGCAAGGCCCGCGGCUCCGAGGCGCUGGGCCCGCGGCUGGUGUGCGCCUCCCUCUUCCUGCGGCUCCUGUGUCCCGCCAUCCUAGCACCCAGCCUCUUUGGCCUGGCACCAGAGCACCCGGCACCCGGCCCAGCCCGCACCCUCACGCUGAUCGCCAAGGUCAUCCAGAACCUCGCCAACCGUGCCCCGUUUGGGGAGAAGGAGGCGUACAUGAGCUUCAUGAACAGCUUUCUGGAGGAUCAUGGGCCUGCCAUGCAACGCUUCCUGGACCAGGUGGCCAGGGUGGACGGGGACUCGGCACCCCAGGGUUACCACGGCAGCAGCGACCUGGCUCACCAACUGGCGGUCCUGCAUGCCCAGCUCUGCACCAUCUUUGCUGAACUUGACCAGAUGACCCGCGACAGCCUGGAACCGCUGCCCACUAUCCUGCGUGCCAUCGAGGAGGGCCGGCCUGUACCUGUGUCUGUGCCAAUGCGUCUCCCACCACCCCCCACCCAGGUCCACUCCAGCUUCUCUGUAGGGGAGAAGCCCGGCUUCCUGGCCCCCCGGGACUUGCCCAAGCACACCCCGCUCAUCUCCAAGAGCCAGUCCCUGCGCAGCAUCCACGGCGCGGGGAGUUGGGCCCGGCCGCGGCCCGACGAGGAGCGGCCCCCGCGGCGGCCCCGGCCCGUGCAGCGCACGCAGAGCGUCCCCGCCGGCCGCCCCGCCCGCCGCCGCGCGUCCGCAGGGUCCCGGCCGCGGCCCAAGGGCUCCGUGCGCAGCGGCCCCGCUCCCCGCUGCGGGCCCGGCGCCUCUGCCUCGCUGCCCCGGAAGCCGUCGGUGCCCUGGCAGCGCCACCUGGACCAGCCGCGGGACGGGGACCAGGCGCCCGGCACGCACCGUCCCGUGGGCAAGCUGGCGGAGCUGCAGAGCGAGGUGGCCGCGCUGCGCGAGGAGCACAAGGCGCUGUUCGGCCUCGUGCAGUCGCUGGGCGCCCACGUCCGGGCCUUGGCGGAGCAGCAGGAGCAGCUGCGGGACCAGCUGCGGGACCAGCUGCAGGCCCUGGACGCCCGGCUCGGGGCUGGGACCUCGGAGUUGAAUCCAGACCUCAGCCCUCCAAGCAGGGAGAGUCACAGGCUGAAGAAGCUGGAGCGCCCCCUGACUGAGAUGGAGAGUACUCAGGUACAGCGGAGGGACGUGGUGCAGUGCCUGCAGUUUCGGCCCAGGGCGGCGGGGUCCGGAAGUCAAUCCCUGCCCCUCGAAGCGCCCUGCGCCAAUGGAGACACCACCUGAGCCGCCCACCUCGCCCCACGUGGUCCGGGAGCAGAGAGAUGGCAGCCCAAGUAGGGUGCGGACACCCCUGCUUCAACCCAAUCAACCUGGCACUAUGAGGUUGCCCAGUAAAAUCUUGAUUUCAGUAAAAA